CGUCACCACUGACCAGCACAUCUUUGUCAGUGAACAAAAUGGCAACCUACUGUCUGACUGUCGCCAGGCUUCAGCUGGCCCUGGGCCAUGGUGCACGGCGCCUGCAUGUAUCAGCAGCUUACAGAGCCAAGGCCAAAGUGUGUAUGAGCCGGUUUGAGCCCACUUCUUUCGUCAACUACGAGAAACUCCAAUCCAACAUUGACAUUGUGCGAAAAAGACUCAAUCGGCCACUCACACUGUCAGAGAAGAUCGUUUAUGGCCACCUCGAUGACCCGCACAACCAGGACAUCGAUCGUGGUCGCACCUACCUGCGCCUGCGUCCCGACCGCGUGGCCAUGCAGGACGCCACGGCCCAGAUGGCGAUGCUCCAGUUCAUCAGCAGUGGCCUGGCAAAAGUGGCCGUGCCCUCCACCAUCCACUGUGAUCACCUGAUAGAGGCCCAGAUCGGAGGGGCGCAGGAUCUGGCCAGGGCAAAGGAAGUCAACCAAGAGGUUUACAACUUCCUGUCCAGUGCUGGUGCAAAAUAUGGAGUUGGCUUUUGGAAACCAGGCUCUGGAAUCAUCCAUCAGAUCAUCCUAGAGAACUAUGCCUACCCAGGAGUGAUGCUUAUUGGCACCGAUUCCCACACACCAAACGGUGGCGGGCUUGGUUCCAUCUGCAUUGGAGUUGGAGGAGCUGAUGCCGUAGAUGUCAUGGCAGGAAUUCCAUGGGAGCUCAAGUGUCCAAAGGUGAUUGGAGUGAAGCUGACAGGCAGUCUCUCUGGCUGGACUUCUCCUAAGGAUGUCAUCUUGAAGGUGGCCGGCAUCCUGACAGUGAAGGGAGGCACUGGAGCCAUUGUAGAAUACCAUGGACCGGGAGUUGACUCCAUUUCCUGCACUGGAAUGGCCACCAUUUGCAACAUGGGAGCUGAAAUUGGAGCCACGACCUCAGUAUUCCCCUACAACCACCGCAUGAGGACCUACCUGGAGAAGACCGGACGUGGGCAGAUCGCUGCCCUGGCUGAUGAAUACUCAGACUUGUUGGUACCCGACGAAGGCUGCGAGUAUGAUCACAUCAUCGAGCUCAAUCUGGACGAGCUGAAGCCCUACAUCAACGGACCAUUCACCCCUGACCUGGCUCACCCAGUGUCUGAAGUAGGUGCUGUUGCUGAGAAGAACGGCUGGCCGCUGGAGGUCAGAGUUGGUCUGAUUGGCAGUUGUACCAACUCCAGCUAUGAGGACAUGGGCCGCGCUGCUUCUGUGGCCAAGCAGGCUUUGGAUAAAGGCCUGAAGUGCAAAGCUCAGUUCACAGUCACCCCGGGCUCAGAGCAGAUUCGUGCCACCAUCGAGAGAGACGGAUACUCAAAGGUCCUUGGAGAUGUUGGAGGUGUGGUCCUGGCAAACGCAUGCGGGCCCUGCAUCGGACAAUGGGACAGACGUGAUGUGAAAAAGGGAGAGAAGAACACAAUCGUCACCUCCUUCAACAGAAACUUCACUGCCAGGAAUGAUGCUAACCCUGCAACACAUGCUUUUGUUACCUCCCCUGAGAUUGUCACUGCCCUGGCCAUUGCUGGUACAUUAAACUUCAACCCAGAGACAGACUACCUUACAGCCCCCAACGGUGAGAAGUUCAAGCUUGAGCCCCCCAAUGGAGAUGAACUCCCUACCAGGGACUUUGACCCAGGCCAGGACACCUACCAGCACCCACCCCCUGAUGGCUACAGCCUUAAAGUCGACGUCAGUCCUAAGAGCAGCCGGCUACAGCUGCUGGAGCCGUUUGAUAAAUGGAGCGGAAAAGAUCUGGAGGACAUGCAGGUCCUCAUUAAGGUGAAGGGCAAAUGCACCACAGACCACAUCAGCGCCGCCGGACCAUGGCUGAAGUUCCGCGGUCACCUGGACAACAUCUCCAACAACAUGCUGAUCGGUGCGGUCAACAGUGAGAAUGAUGCCAUCAACAAGAUCAAAAACCAACUGACAGGAGAGUAUGGAGGAGUCCCUGAUGUUGCCCGUCAUUACAAGGCCAACGGUUUGUCGUGGGUUGUGGUCGGAGAUGACAACUACGGUGAGGGCUCCAGCAGGGAGCAUGCAGCGCUGGAGCCCAGGCAUCUGGGAGGAAGAGCCAUCAUUGUCAAGAGCUUCGCCAGAAUUCACGAAACUAACCUGAAGAAGCAGGGUCUGCUCCCACUGACCUUCAGCAACCCAUCAGACUACGACAAGAUCCGCCCUGAUGACAAGAUCUCCAUCAAGGGGCUCAAAACCUUCACUCCAGGAAAGCCUCUGACCGCAGUGUUGAAGCACAGCGACGGCAGCGAGGACACCAUGGAGCUCAACCACAGCUUCAAUGAGACACAGAUCGAAUGGUUCCAGGCAGGCUCCGCCCUCAACAGGAUGAAGCAGCUGCAGCACUAAGGAAGAGGAGUGAUGAGGGAAAAUAUGGAAGAGGAGGAUUUUCAGGGGGAAAACAGGGUGGUGACGAUUGUGGGGAAGAAGGCGGAUGAAGAAUGUUUUCGACUGCUCCAUCAUCUGCAUUAGUAUAAAGUUUGGACUGAAAUAAUGUGUCGGUAUACCUCGAAGAGUUAAAUGUUAGUAAAUUACAUCAGACUAAGUGCCAAGCUGAUGUGGAUGAUGGAGCAUAGCGACUUCAUUUGUCACAGCGCAGUGUACUUGAAGGUAUCGUAAGCUGCUACUUUUCAAAGUCAAACGGUGAUAACUGGUUGGAAAUCAGUCUAUUGUAAAAAAAAAGCAGAGACCCACGCACAUAUACUUUGACACACUAAGCUUUGAUCCAGUUGGUGAAUAUAUGCUGCUGGCUGAUGUGCUACCAGUGUUUUUGCAGCUGUUCAAACGGGUCAGUACAGCGUGGAAGCCACUGGAGCUGGAGGAUGGCAGUCAGUAACCCUGUUGCUUUAGGAUUGUGUUGCACGCUGCGUAGCAAUUAUCAGCUUUAGUCAAUCAUCGUCAUUCAACCGGUUCCUCUGUCAUUUAAAGUCCAUCCCCUGGGAAAGGUACACACUGCUGUUGCUUGUAUCUCUGGGUCCAUUUGUUGUUUAGUGAAGCCGUAGUUGCAGCGAUCAUAUGGAUCCAGAACAAAACUUGUGCACGCACACAUUCAUUCAUCCACUCAGAUACUCCCUGUUAGCCCGUCUGCUCCCUACUGGCCACAAGGAGAUACUGUGGUGUCUACAAGGCACAGCAGCUAGCUCCUUUCAUCUAAAUGUCCACUUUGAAAGCAGCCCCUAAUAACAGCAGUUUCUACAGAUUGUUGAAGUGUAUUCUGGGAAAUGUAGGAAAUCACAUAAAAGCACGAGGCAGUUUGAGAGAGAGUGAAUUCAACAUAAAACUAAAUUAAGCUAACAGAGCCGAACUCAUGGGAUGCAUUGAACACCACGGACAACACUGAAAAAUGUCCUGUAUUAAUGUGUUUUCUCAUCCGUCAUGGUACAUAUUGUCAGUGUUACAAAAGGUUACAGAGAAGCAUUGCAGACAUUUCCUAAUAUGCAAAGUAACUUGUGUGCUUUAUUACUGUGUAAGAACACAGUAACUUACCCUCUUCUUCCCCAACACCAUCCUUAACCUCCCCUCUCGAUUACUCCCAACCUCUUUACAAGGUCAAACACAUCCUGAGGUUUUUUCCAAAUGUUUAUUUAUUUAUACUUUUUCUCCUGCAGAAGGGUUCAGAUCCUGCAUGAUUAUCAGAAAGGUUUCUUUCUCCAUGCACGGGGUAACCUUGGACGUAUGUCCUCUUUCAUCUUGUUUUUUUCAGUGCCCUUUUUUUCUAGGGUAACGUCAGUUUUUGCAUCACCUUUACCACAACUAAAAAUAAUACUGCAUUGAAGAAAGAAAAAUAAAGGAACAACAUACUGAGUUUUGCAACGGUGGGGUAUAAGUGAUGUUAUACUGUAAAUUACCACUUACUUGAUUUAAGUAAUGUGGCUACUCAUAAGCAAUCCACAUUAGUGUGUCAGCUGCUUUUUGGUCCUCUGUGAAUGUAGUUAACUGAAAUUCACUCCAAAACCUCAGUAUGGGAGAUCAUUUCAUCAGAAACAAGAUGGGUUUAUUUUUUUCCUUGUGUACCUUCACUUCCCCAGUCCCUGCAAACAAAAUGCAUCAACAAUGUAAUCAAAUGAAGGUUUAAACCACUCAAUUCUCCUAUCCCACUGUACAUAAAGUGUCUGGUUCCAUGUACAUUUAAGUGUUUGUGUGGUUUUUUUUUUUCUCCCAGAUUAUCUUUUUUCUGUAUUACAGAAAUGCCAGUGGGUUGUAAAAUAAAAAUUCACAAAUCUCAUUUAUUUACAUUGGCUCCAGUGAUGUGACUAAAAUCUGUUUAAGG